AUGGUGCAAGCCGGUGGUAAGACUCGCAGGACCACGCGUAAAGGCGUUGCGACACGUGAAUAUACUAUCCAUAUACAUAAAAGAAUACACGGGGUCGGAUUUAAACGACGUGCUCCAAGAGCGAUUAAAGAAAUCAAGAAGUUUGCCAAGAAAAUGAUGGGUACUGAAGACGUUCGAAUCGGGGUGCGUCUGAAUGAGUUCAUUUGGUCAAAAGGUGUGCGGAACGUCCCAUAUCGUGUCCGAGUGCGGCUAGCCCGAAAAGCGAACGAGGAUGAGGACAGUGCUCACAAAUUUUACACACUUGUAACGUAUGUGCCCUGUGCGGAUUUUAAGGGGAAACAGAUCUCGAAUGUAGAAUCCGCCGAGUAA